CACUCCACCGUCGCCACAUUCCUCCGCGCAGGAAAGGAACGCACGCGCUUCAUGGAUACUUUUUUUUUUUUUUUAGGAUUUUAAUGCCUGUGUUAAUAAUUCCUUUAGCACUACUCUCGGGUAGUUUGCGUAUCUUUUGUUUUGGCGAAGAGCAGCUGCGGCGCGGGGCUGAACGUUUCCACGAGGUAAGUUGAGUGAAAAGCUGUAAAAGAAAUGUAAAUCCAUCCAAAGCGACUCGUUGUGCAUCCUCGGCCGAGGACGCGAGGAGACACGGCGCGGAUUGAAGCGCGGCCGCGGUCACCGGCUCGUUGGUGCAGUGCAGCCGGGGAGGUUGGAGGUGUCAUUUGGGGCUUUUCUCUCCUCUCGCAUUAGUGUAGAGUAGAUCUCCUUCCACCGUAUCGGUAACCGUUAUGGCGCCUCCGGCGUCGCGCGCUGUCCGGUGUCGCCGUCUUCAAUUCCCCCGUCAGUGGAUCACAGCAAGCCGGGACCAGACGGGACGCUGGAACCGGAGAACCGGGGCCUGUGUGGCCUGAGAUCAAAAAGCGCGCCGGACUCAGUCCCAGUGACCCGUUAUUGCGCUGUGUUUAGGUGCUCUCUCCCAGCUCCUCUCUGGAUGCAUCGGACUCCUCUGCCCCGGGGCCCUGGACCCGGUGUGUGAGCCGCCCUCCCUCGCCCCAUUCCCCCCCCCACCCCACUCGCUCCGCACCAAACUCCUCUCCACCUGCCCGCCUCGGUGCCCCCGUCCUGGGCCCCCUGCCUCUCGACCAGCGGGCAGAGGCGGGGGGCCAUGGCGCCAUGGUAGCCUCCAGCGGACGCAACCCCACCGCCAUGAGCAGCGUGACCCCUCCGGAGGGCCGGGGUCAGGGGUCAAACCUCACCCUGCAUCACUACAAGCCCUUCAGCUCGCACGAGCACUACCAGCAGGUGAUGCGUGCGCUGCGUAAGCUGCAGGAGAGUGGGUUUUACUGGGGGGCCGUGGGGGGCCGGGAAGCCAGCGCCCUGCUGCGCUCCGAACCGCCCGGCACCUUUCUGAUCCGCGACUCCUCGGACCACCACCACUUCUUCACCCUCUCCAUCCAGACGGCCCGGGGAACCAAGAACCUGCGCAUCCACAGCGAGGGAGGCGGCUUCUUCCUGCAGCCGGACCCCCAGAACACCCGAGAGCCCCCGCAGUUCGAUUGCGUGCUGAAGCUUGUGGCGCACUACAUGGGCAAAGGGCCGGACGGUGGACGGGCCAGAGACGGCCCGGCUGGGGAGGAUGCACCAGAGGAGCAGAAGAGCGGCUGCAGCGCGUAUCUGAUCCACACCAGCGGGGAGAAGGUUCCCCUGGAGCUGCGGCGGCCCCUCUCCAGCUCCCUCUCCUCCCUGCAGCACAUGUGCAGGAGGGCCCUGAACAGCCAGGAGGGGUCGGGGGGAGCGGAGCAGCUGCCGCACACGAUCAAAGACUUCCUGGAGGAGUACGACGCCCCGAUAUGACUGCCGGGAACCGCAGAAGUUCCACAACCUGGACCCGGUGGCGCCGGAAGGGCCGCGGCGGACCAGUCGGGGCGCCGCGUCUCACACCGCCUCCCCAGAACCCCCCCUGUGGGUAACCAACGAUUACCUCGUCCGUCCUGCCUUUGCAAAAAACAGAAUGGCUGACCAGAAAUGUGAGUGGCGACACCAAGCCAGAGGUCAAAGGUCAGCGUUUCCCGUGACUGACUCGGACGCAGAAGAUUAACCCGAUUGGUCGCCAUUAGCGACGACACCGACGGCGUGAUCACAAGCGUCUCCCCUCUCGUCCCCCGACGAUGUCUGACACGACAAAACAACGAGGAGGUUCACAGGAGGUGAACAAAGGAGGAGCUGACUGUGGAAGAGCAAGGUCCAAACGGGGGGGGGGGGGGCAGAGAACAUACAGAAUUUAUUUGUCUGCAUGCACGCAGUGUGCGUGUCUGUGUGUGUCUGUGUACGUGUGUGUGUCUGUCUGUGUGUGUGUGUGUGUUGUGGUAGCGCACACAUUUCCAUUGCUGCUUCCCGCAAACGUUGCCUCACUGAGGGAGGGGCGGAGUUAUGCAUGGCACACACACACACACAGACACGCACACACACACACGCACACAAUGCCUCAGGUCAGCAUGGAGGGUUUUGAAAGCGUGGGAACAAGAGACUCGUGUCCUCCUGUUUGCUUCCUGCUUCUCCUUCGUGUCGCUGAGACAGAAACGAGUUUGAAUGCAGAGAAACGCCAGCGUCCCAGCGCCUGGGGGACGUGGUCAUGAUGAUCCAUAAGAUUGGGGGGGGGGGGGUUGAACGAAGGAGAAAGCAGAGCGGGAAAUGGGAUUAGGAAAGGGAAAUUGAAGAGGAGGGAGAAGUGGGGAAGGGGGAGGAGACAUACUGGUAUACGGCUAAACAGGAACAUUGAUGUGAUUGAUGUCCCAGACUGGAAGGAGAUGAUGAAGCUGGACGGGACGCUCCUUCAAGUGUAAAACCACGUUUGCCAAGAUGUGAAAAAGAAGUUUUUGGCUGAGUCUUAAAUCCCGCCUUCACAGAUUCCUUCUUUAACAUUAUCAUCUAAAAACAUAAUGAAGUGCUCAUGAAGGAGAAAGUGUUCAGUCCCCUCGUUACUAUGAAACAGCAGUCGCUUCAGUCUGAACAUCAAGAAGGGAACACAAAGGCUAAAAGUGAUGCUUUUGUAAAACAAAGACUUGAUCUGAUCAGAAGUGUUUCUGUCUGUGCUCAUACUUACCUGUGAUCCAUAUUGGAGUGGUAGCCUUUUCACAUCAUUAAACUUUGUGAUCUCAUUGAGACAAGAGUGCUGAAAUAGUACCACAGUGAUACUCUUCAUGUUCUUUCUUCUUUAGGGUCAGAUCUCGAUUUUGUCCCAGUCUGUUUUGACAUGUGUCUCAGCAGAGGACCACGUGUGUGUCUGAAUCAUCUCGUCUUUUAUAAAGACUCUCUCGCUAAAGGCUGGCCACUAGUCUGGCAAAGAAACAAGCUGUUGUAUCUGAAAUGACGAAAGCAUUACAUAAACCAGAAAAACAAAUGGAAAGGAAACAUUGCACAUAUUUAUAUUUCUAAAAUAUUUCAAUAAUUUAUAUUAAAGAGCACUAUUUUUACAAAAGUCAA